AUGGUGCAGAGGCUGACCUACCGCAGGCGCCACUGCUACAACAGCGCCUCCAACCGGACGCGCGUCGUCAAGACCCCUGGCGGCAAGCUGGUGGUGCAGUACCAGAAGAAGCCCACCAAGCACCCUAAGUGCGCCGCCACCGGCGUGCGGCUGCACGGGCUGCCCCAGCGCCGCCCCGCGACUCUGGCGCGCCUAAGCAAGAGGCAGAAGUCGGUCAACCGCAUCUACGGCGGCGCCCUGAGCCACGCCGUGGUGAAGGAGCGCAUCGUGCGCGCCUUCCUGAUUGAGGAGCAGAAGAUCGUCAAGAAGGUGCUCAAGCUGCAGGCUAAGAAAUAG